AUGCCAAUGGGGAUAUUCAACCCUCUCAUGCUGGACGCCAGCAUCCGUGAUGUGGUCUCCUCCCUCCCGCUGGACAAGAAAGUGGACGUUCUUCUCUACUCAUUGCAGCACCUUCCAGCGAACUCGAGGUCAGUGACCGAUCUAGCGUACCACUCGCAACCGCCUGUUCACAUCGACGACCACUCAACCGCUGCUGCGGCGCUUUCGAUUGUUGAAUUUAGGUCGAGAACAAUCAUCGAAAACGCCGUACAGUCUUGUCUGCAGACGGUUCCCAUCCAUCAGGAGAAUGUAAUCAGGGCUAGGCUAAUACGUGCCAAGGCAAGAUUCGCGGCUGGGCUUCGAGGUGCUGCACAUCAAGAUCUUCAGUCGAUCCUCCUUCUCGAUCCCGAUCACACCGAGGCCCGACAGUUACUGCCACAGAUGGGCAACAGGUCUUACGCGCCUGGAGAGGGGUAUGGCCGCGCCAACGUCCGUCCACACUUCUCUCCCGAAUUGUGGCGGGAGAUUGCUCUCUACCUCCCGCGCCGAGACCUUCGUAGCCUCCUCUUUGUCCCUGAUACACUGUCAACAAUCGCCAGUCACCUACUCUUCCGAAAACUCCACCUUCAAUUUGGCUCCGCUCGGUACCUUGUCUUGAGUAAGGAGAUCGACGAAACGAUGCAAGAGGCGGUGGAGAUAGAUAACUGGCAUGCGCAGCGUAGUGCAGAUAUCCUCACGCGGAUUGUCUCGAAUCCGACGUAUGCAGGUUUGGUCAGGACGCUGGUCAUCACGGCGCCGGAGAGAGAUAGUGACGAUACGACCCUGAGCUCGUUCCAGACGGGCAUGCUUUCGAACGCGCUCAGCAAACUUACCAAUCUCAAUUCUCUUUCGCUCACGAUGGGCAACGAGUCGCUCGCGAUUGUGCUCAAGAUGACCGAAAAAUGGCAUUCGACACUGAAGCAUCUCGGCAUCUACUCGACAAGCUCCACCGCUCCUGUUCUACCCCACAUGCCCCAACUCACUCGCUUCUGGUACCGUGGCCCCGACGUCCCCGCAAGCCCCACGCUCUUCAAGUCUGAACUCAUCGUUACCCUUCGUACCCUCGCCCUUGACGUCAGCAACGCCGUCAUCCCCUCCGGCCUCAUCAACACCAAUAACCUCACCUCCGUCGAACUCUACGGCCGCUUCGCAGACUCUCAACCUUUCCUCGACCUCCUCCAACACGGCCACCACCUCGAAAUUCUUCGCAUCAAAUGCGGUUUCACACAGACAUGCACUCCGUCCUCCGCUUUCCGCGCUCGCAAGACUCCUAUGGCCGCACUUCGCGAGUUUUCGUUGAUCGUGUUCAGCGCGGUGAGGGAGUUCAACGAUCCGGAUUUGUUCCCUAGCGUGGUAGAAUUCGUGAGGAAACAUCCGGGUUUGAAGGUUUUGAAGUUGUGGAAGCAUCCGGAGGUGUUGAGAGUAGGGUACGAUGCUGCGGUGUGGGGCGUGUUGCCAGCGUUGGUGAAUGUGCAGAUGCUUUCGCUGGAGGCGCCGAAGGACCUUUCGCCUUCGCUUUUGACGUGGUUGAUUCCCAGGACGGUGAUCGCGCUGGAAUUGUGGUUAGCUUCGGGUUUGAUGUCUUCUUACGUCAAGCAAUUCUCGACCGGCCUACCAACUAGCCUUAAGUCUUUCUCCGUCAACCUCCCCCGCUCCUCCGAUGUAGACGACCUCGUCCGCAGUGCACUCCCUCGCCUACGUCUCCUCGGUCUGAACCAACAAUGCUACACCGUUCUUCGAGAUGAGGGCACGGACGACAUCGAGCUGGACGAGUGGCCCAAGAGGCGGGCUUUGUUCUAUGCGAGAGAUUGGUUGGAGCUGCUGGAUUGCGAGGAGAGGGGCGUAUGGAGUCGGUGGAUGUAUAUGGACCAUUGA